UUAUCCUGUAAAUUAUUUCCAUAACAUAAGAAUUGUUAGUGUACACAUGUCUACAGACAUUUGGACGAUUUUGUCUUUUGUCAGUUUGGGUAUGUGUUAUAUUAUGUAGAAUAAUUCUUUAUGUAAAUUGCUUUCGUGCGUAAAUAAGCAUUUAUUUGCCAGGAAAAUUAACAUAUUCAUUUAAAUGUGUAUGAACAUGGAAGCUCUGUGACCUAAUACAAGCAUUUCACUCGACCUCACGCCGCCGCCGCAAGGAGGUAAGCAGUGGAGCUCCUUAGUUUCGUGUGAACCGCCUGACUGCCCGCCAAUCGCGUACACGUUGUAUGCCAAAUAAAUAACUCUCAGUGCGUAAUCCUUAUUUUGAUUAAAUAUUGCGUUAUCAAAUAUAAUUUUAUAAUUUGUGUUGAUUAUGAAUAUCACGUCACUCGCAGGUCAGCGACAAUCUUAUCAUUCAUUAGCUGUUUAAAUGUUUGUGCUUUGAUCCAGUAAAGUCAGUUAACUUGAGGCAAGUUGUGAAUGUACAUAUUUCAACGAGUGCACACUAUUUCUACAAAAAAAAAAAUAUAAACAGUGUUUUGUGAUUAUAGAACAAUUAUUUGUGUGAGGUGUUAAUAUUUUGUGAUAAAAAUGCCUAUUCGUCGCAGUCAGGUUUUAGUGAAGUGGAUCUUUGAGAACCAGCACAAGUUGCAAAUGGUUCGCUAUUGCAGUUCUUCCCUGCGUUAUAAGGAGUUAGAGGAAAAUUCGGCGCAAGUGCAGCCGGAGCACGUGGCGCCCUCUAUAACCGCACCCGCCGACAAGCCCCGCCCACAUAUUACGCCUGAAAUCUCGUUCAAGCAUGAAGAUUUACAAGUAAGACUUGCAGCUCCAUAUCAGUUGAAUCCGAAGCCUGAGGCGUCAGAUCUUGGCUUCGGCAAAUUUUUCACCGAUCACAUGCUCAAAAUAAACUACUUCAAGCAACUAGGAGGGUGGCAGAAACCGGAGAUAAUUCCAUUUGAAAAUUUGAGCAUACACCCUGCAGCUAAAGCCCUACAUUAUGCUAUACAAUUAUUUGAAGGACUGAAAGCGUACAGGGGGGUCGAUGAUAAGAUACGAUUGUUCCGACCCGAAUUGAAUAUGGAAAGGAUGAAUUUAGCGGCUCAGAGGUCUGGCCUGCCAACCUUUGAUGGAGACGAACUUAUUAAGUGUUUAACGAGGCUAGUUCAAAUUGACCAGGAAUGGGUACCACAUUCAGAAACCUCCACCUUGUAUAUACGACCCACGUUAAUAGGAACCGAGCCAACCUUCGGUAUAAUGGCUCCUGAGACGGCGCUGUUGUUCGUAAUCUUGAGUCCGGUGAGCGCGUACUACAAGACUGGCACUGAUGGUGCCGUGUCUAUCUACGCGGACCCCAACGUGGUGCGAGCCUUCCCCGGAGGCGUGGGCAACCGAAAAGUGGGCUCUAAUUAUGGACCUACGAUCGAGGCCACGGCUCGGGCAGCUAAACUAGGUCAUCAUCAAGUGUUAUGGUUGUUCGGACCUAACCACGAGCUCACUGAAGUCGGCGCGAUGAACAUAUUUGUAGUUUAUAUCAACGAACAAGGAGAUAAACAGUUGAGUACUCCGCCGUUGAACGGUCUCAUCUUGCCCGGAGUGACUCGUCGAUCAAUUUUGGAGCUCGCUAGCCAAUGGGAAGAUUUAGUUGUCAAAGAAGAGGUGAUCACCAUGGAUAGAAUUAUUGAUCUCAAUAAGAAAGGACGGUUACUAGAGAUGUUUGGAGCGGGCACGGCGGUGGUGAUCAGCCCUAUCAGCAGGGUGGGUUUCUUGGAUCAAGAAAUCCAUGUCCCCAUGUCGCAGGCACAGCCCGUGUACCAGCGAGUGAAGGACACGUUGCUAGCGAUACAAUACGGACACAUAGAGCACCCUUCGCGAAGGUCAUCUCAUAGUGCUGACGAGGCCGCUGAGCCCUCCUGCGAACAUUACAUUUGACUGUUUAGUGGUCACGUCAUUCAAAGACGAGUACUGUGAAUUUACAUAUCAGAACUGUCCUGUGCUAAGGAAUAAACAGAAAACUUUCUGUGCCUAAAAUGUGGGACGAUAAAUUAUAUUAUUUAAAUGAUAACAUUUAGUGAUAAGUUAAGGUUACAUUGAACGGAGAAGCGAAGAAUGUAUAAAUGCUGCGCAUUUGGUACCACAAAGACUCGCCUAAUUAUAUUGUUAUCGACGGCGCUAUCAGUAUGUACGUGUUUAUUUUAUUUAUUUAUUAAUUAUCUACUAUCUUUGGGAGGCCAUAAGUAAUAGGUAUUAUUUCACUUAGUUGUGACAUGCGAUUCAAGUCUCAUGAAGUUAUCGAAAACACUAUUGUCAACUACAUAAUUAUCAUGUUGUAUGGUGCUACUUUAAGAUUAAGAUACGUUAGCGGGUGGCCAAUAUUUUAUUUAUUUUUUUGAAAAUCAUUGGUGAUGCAAAGAAACAUUGUAAAUAAAUAGUUUUAUUAAAGAAUGCCGUUGACCAAAACAUUACAUAUAAGUGAGUCGUUAAGUUAUCAAAAUAUCUGCCAAAAUUAAUGAAAUACCUUAAAUGACACAAACCAUGACCGCCGACAGGGACGGAAUUGUAAAUGAUGUGAUAUUAUAGUGUAAUUAAUGUAAAAGCCGGAGCUUACCCUGUAUAUAAUUGUAAAUUGUAUUGUGUUAAGUUUAGACGUUACAAAAUACCCUGCCUAAGUGCCUAAACACAAGAAUCAAAAAUCUAAAUUAAAGGCUAAGAAAUAAUACUGCUUUGUAUUUGCAUUUUGGUUCCGUGACAUUUUCCUGUGAUAUUUUUUCACCUAGAUUCAGUUUAUUGAAUGUAAUAGAAUGCAAUGAUUUUGAAAGUUCAAAAGAAAAGUAAGCUAAGUAAACAAACUGAUAACGUGCAUUUUUCUAGUCUAAGUUAAGAAUCUGUAUGAAAUAUUUCAUAUUUAUAAAUACAUUAUUUUUUAAAGUAA